AUGAGGAUGUUGUCACUGAUCGUCCUACUCUCCAUCACCACAGCAGCAUACGCUGCCACCGUCGUCUAUGACUUCAACGUAUCAUGGGUCACGGCAAAUCCAGAUGGCCUAGCUGAGCGACAGGUCAUUGGAAUCAACAACCAAUGGCCGCCUCCGAGGAUAGAUGUCCAAGUUGGUGAUCGCCUCAUUGUCAACCUCCUGAAUUCGCUCGGUGAUGAAGACACCUCUCUCCACUUCCAUGGCUUGUUCAUGAACGGAUCAGCUCACAUGGACGGUCCUUCAAUGGUCACACAAUGUCCGGUUUCCCCGGGUGCCAGCUUCACCUACAACUUCACCGUCGACCAACCGGGCACCUACUGGUAUCACUCCCACAACAAAGGCCAAUAUCCUGACGGUUUUAGAGGACCCCUCGUUAUUCACGAUCCCAAAACCCCGUUCCAAUACGACCAAGAGCUUGUUCUCACCGUUUCGGAUUGGUACCAUGAGCGAAUGUCAGUGUUGCAGCCUCGCUUCAUGAGCAAGUACAACCCAACUGGAGCCGAACCAGUUCCUAAUUCGGCACUCAUGAACGACACUCAGAAUUUGACCAUGCCCAUGAUACCCGAGAGGACUUACUUGUUCCGCAUUGCAAACAUUGGAGCUUUUGCGGGUCAGUACAUAUGGAUUGAAGACCAUAACAUGACCGUAGUUGAGAUGGAUGGUGUUUACGUCCAUCCGACAGAGACAAGCAUGAUCUAUCUGGCUGCGGCUCAGAGAUGCAGCUUUCUCCUCAAGGCCAAGAAGGAAACUUCACGCAACUUUCCCAUCAUUGCCAGCAUGGACACGACCCUCUUCGACACCAUCCCCCCCUCCCUCAACCCCAACGUAACCAGCUACCUUCUCUACAACAACACCGCCCCCCUCACCUCACCAAGUCCACUCGAUUCCUUCACACCCCUCGACGACACUCACCUCCGCCCCCAUGACAACGUCGGCAUCCUCCCUCUCCCCGAUCAAGCCAUAACCCUCAACAUAUCCAUGAACAACCUCGCCUCCGGCGCCAACUACGCCUUCUUCAACAACAUCACCUACGUCCCUCCCCUCGUGCCCACCCUCUACACCGUCCUGUCCUCCCCCAACUCCUCCCAAAUGACCACCAACCCCUCAAUCUACGGCACCUACACCCACCCCUACAUCCUCUCCCACAACUCCAUAAUCCAACUAGUCCUCAACAACCUCGACUCGGGCCGCCACCCCUUCCACUUACACGGACACAACUUCCAAAUCCUCCACCGCUCCGGUCCCGACGAAGGACCCUGGUCCAGAUCCGGUAACGAAUCAAGUUACAACCAUGAAGCUCCUCCGAUGCGAAGAGACACGCUGCUCGUGGAACCGAAUGGAAACGCGGUGAUUAGAUUCAAGGCGGAUAACCCGGGCGUGUGGUUAUUUCAUUGUCAUAUUGAGUGGCAUAUAAUUAGUGGGUUGGUGGUUACUUUUGUUGAGGCUCCUUCUGUCUUGCAGCAAACUUUAGAAAUCCCCGAGGAUCAUUAUGCUGCCUGUAAGUCGAAGAACCGAGUUAUCCCCACUGAGGGAAACGCUGCGGGACGGGGAGACAGCAACGGGGGGGAUCCGAAGCAGUGGUUGGUGCUAGACGGGGAACCGAAACCGCCUGGGGAGCUGCACUCGGGAUUCACAGGAGGAGGGAUCGCGGCGUUGGUCAUGAGUUGCUUGGCCGGUAUCUUGGGCGUAGCGGUGGUAGCUUGGUAUGGAUUUUCUGAGCCUGUUAGUGCGGAGCCUAUCAACUCCCCGGCUGGCGCUGCUGGUGAAUCUGGAUCUAGUUCUGGAUCCGGAUCUGAGUCGGGGGUAUACCCCGAUGCCGAUAGUGCUGAGAAAUCAGUAGAGAAUAGUGGUGGUGGGUUGUUCGAUGGUGCGGGUGCGAUGAAGACUCCGAUAAGUGUUGUUAAGAUUAAAAGGGGAACCGAGGCCGUUGAAUCUGAGGCUUUGUCUUUUGGGAGUGAGGAGGAGGCUGUUAAUGCGGUGGGUCGGGGAAUGGGAAUGGCGAGGAGAAGUGGCGGGGAGGUGAACAAGAAGGGGAAGAAGGGAGAGGGGGUGGAUGUUGAUGCUAUCACGAGGGUUUAA